AUGCAGCAGCAGCGAGAUUUCAAACUGGUAACAAACCUAUUUUCCGAAGGUUCCGAUGCUCCCAUACUUUGCGUGUGCACAAGCAAGGUUAAGAAAGAAGAUUGGCAGGACCACCAGAUAAUAUGCCCUAAUCGAAGAUUAUCGUGUCCCGCUUUCGUUGCCUUUAGAAGUGCCUCUGUUAAGUUUGAACAACCAUAUUGGAAAAUUUUUGGGGAUCGUUAUGCUGAAUUUUCUUUAUCAUUGGUUGAUUCUAAUUGCGCACCAUCUUUGAAAGAAAUUGCAAAGAUACAGGUUUUGAAAAAUUUAAAUAGCCUGAAAUUGAAACUGAAAUCGAGCAAAUUACCAUCAGCAAUAAUUCACACCCUUCUUUGGGAGUGUCCAACUUUCGCUACAAAAAAUGAAUUGAACAAACACAUGGCCGGAUCUUGUCCUUAUUUCAAGGCGCUAGAUCCGAUCUCGCAAAGAUUGCCACCAAAGCCAAUAUUUUUUCCAUAUCAUUGUUCAGCCUGCGACCAAUACCUACCGAGUUCCGAUGCUCACAUCUGCAUCCAGCAGACACCACCUGAUCUGCCAUCCCCACCACCCUCGUCAUCCGAGGUGGAUAAUAAUCCAAUUGUGAUCGGGAUGAUGCCCCCAAUGAUGCACUGGAACGAAGACGCGGGAAUGUGCAAG